AUGGUACGCGGAGCAAGUGGCGUCCCAUCGCGUGUUCAACCUGCAAGCCGAACUGUUGAAAUACUGCCAGUCCGACGUCCGGAUCCUGAAACAGGCGUGUACCCUCUUCGAGCGCGAAUUCAGGGGUAUUUGCGGGUUCGACCCCUUCGAACAAUGCAUCACCAUCGCCUCGGCGUGCAACGUGGCCUACCGUCGGCAUUGGAUGCGGCCCCGAACCCUGGCCGUCGAACCCCUGCACGGCUGGCAUCCGCAGAUCCGUCAAUCGAGAGCCGCCUUGGAAUGGUUGUACCACCUAGAACGCAUCCUGCCCCCACCCACGGACGGGGAACCGCGCCUACGCCACAGUCGUAACGGAGGCGAAGUGCUGUUCCGGAUCGGCGAGCAUCGCUACCACGCGGACGGCUACGACCCGCGCACCGGGUUCGUGUACGAAUUCUACGGCUGUUUCUACCACGGGUGCCCCGAAUGUUUUCCCCAGCGACACCAGCGGCACGCCAAACUCGACGGGGCCACGCCCCACGAACUGUACGCGCGCACGGUCCAACGGGCCGAACGCAUUCGUCAAGGCGGUCACGUGAUGGUCGAAAAGUGGGAGUGCGAGUGGGACGCCCAAAAGAGGGAGGAUCCCGAGUUGCGCCUAUGGGCCGAGACCCUGGAUCUGGUGACGCCCCUGGAUCCCUGCGACGCUCUUUUCGGUGGACGGACCGAAGCCGUGCGAGCCCACUGUCAGGCCCAGCCGGACCAACACAUCUUCUACGACGAUUUCACGUCGCUGUACCCGUGGGUCAAUAAGAAUUGCAAGUACCCCGUGGGGCAUCCCGUCAUUCACACGCAGUUCACCUGCCAGACCCCCGAAGACUGGGACCGACUGGUACGCCAUCAAUCGUACGGGUUGGUCCAAUGCCGCGUCCUGCCGCCUCACUACCUGUUUCAUCCCGUGCUGCCCGUCCGCGUGGCCGGCAAGUUGUUGUUUCCAUUAUGCGUCCGAUGCGCCCGAGACCAAGUGCCUCUGCCCUGGACGGAACGCACCCACAUCUGCGACCACACCCCUCGAGAACGAGCCUUCGUGGGGACGUGGUGCACGCCCGAAUUGGUGCUGGCCCUGGACCAAGGGUACGUGAUCCUGCACAUCUACGAACUGUGGAACUUUCGUACGACCUCCACCACCCUGUUCAGGGAUUACAUCAAUACCUGGAUCAAGGUGAAACAGGAAGCCGACGGCUGGCCCUCGCCCGAGGUGGCCAAAGAUCCCGCCUUGCAGAUCGAGUACCUGGAAGAGUUUCGGCGCGUGGAAGGGGUGAUCCUCGACCCGGCCAAGAUCGAACGCAACGAGGGUCGACGCACUUUGGGCAAAUUGAUGGCCAACAGUUUCUGGGGUAAAUUCGGUCAACGCACCAACAAGACCCAGGUGACCACCUGCAAGGACCCCGAGACCUUCUUCGAUCUCUUUCUCGACGGCGAACGCGACAUCCAUCGCAUCCUGCCGGCCGGCGAACAGAUGAUCGACGUGUACCACUCGUUCAAAGAAGACGUGGGCGAACUGGGUACCAACACCAACAUCUUCGUGGCCGCCUUCACCACGGCCCACGCGCGCGUCAAAUUGUAUCACGACGGACUGCUCCCCCUGCACACCCGCGUGCUGUACAUGGACACGGAUUCCGUGGUGUACCUGGCCACCCAAGGCGAGACCCACCUGCCGCGAGGACGUUUCCUGGGGCAAUUCAAGGACGAACUGAAAGGCGACGUCAUCGACGAAUUCGUGGCCGGCGGACCCAAAAAUUACGCCUACCGCACCCGUUCGGGACAAGAAUGUUGCAAGGUGCGCGGCUUCACCCUGGACGCCCGGGGACAAGCCGUCCUGAACUUCGAGAGCGUCCGAAACCUGGUGCAGAAAGACAUCGACGAGCCUCUCGAUCGUCCCAGAAUGCUGUCCGUCGACAACCCCCAUCACAUCGUACGGAACGUCACCGACAAGACGCUCCAUUCCGUGCGGCAACUCAAGACCUACUGCAUGGUCCAAGACAAACGG